GUCCCCACGCGAUCGUGAUCAAAGCUAGGCAGCCUCGAGAGCUGUGUGUCGGAUCUUCUCGAUUCAAAAGCUGCAGCAAACGACAAUGUCUGCACCGAACGGCUCGACAGAAGGUGGGGAUGGGCCCCCGCCUCAAAAGAAGCAAAAGCAAGUCCGUGUCUGGGUGGACGGAUGCUUUGACAUGGUGCAUUUCGGUCACGCAAACGCCCUGCGACAGGCCAAGCUGAUGGGAGACGUGCUAGUAGCUGGAGUCCACUCUGACGCUGAGAUCAAGAGGAACAAGGGCCCACCAGUGAUGAAUGAGAAAGAAAGGUACAAGAUGGUUCGUGCCAUAAAGUGGGUGGACGAGGUGGUGGAAGAUGUCCCUUACACUACCAGCUUAGAGGUCAUGGAGAAAUACAACUGCGAUUUCUGUGCUCACGGCGAUGACAUCACUAUAAAUGUUGAUGGAGUCGAUGCCUAUGCAGCGGUAAAGGCUGCAGGGAAAUACAAAGAGUACAAGAGAACCCAGGGGGUCUCAACAACUGAUCUGGUUGGACGAAUGCUGCUCAUGACCAAACAACACCUCAGUACCAACGAUGAGAAAAGUGCAGAAUCCACUCAACUGAGUAAAAUUACGCAGGGGUCUGAGCUGCACAGCCCCUACACUGGAUCGUCCCAGUUUCUGGCAUCGUCCAAGAGACUCAUAGAGUUCAUGGGAACAGAUAGCAGGGAGCCUGCACCUGGAGAUACUGUGGUGUAUGUGGCUGGAGCUUUUGAUCUCUUUCAUGCUGGACAUGUCGUCUUGCUCGAGAAGUGCAGGGAAAUUGGCAACUUUAUCAUCGUUGGCUUACACAGUGACUGGGAAGUCAAUCGCUACAAAGGGAAGAAUUAUCCCAUCAUGAAUGUACAGGAGAGGGUCCUCAGUGUCCUAGCAUGCAAGUAUGUGUCUGAUGUCAUCAUUGGAGCUCCAUAUACAGUUACAGAAUCCAUGCUGGACAAUCUGAAGGUUGAUUAUGUUUUACAUGGCCAAACCCCCGUCUACCCUAAUAAGGACGGGAGCGACCCGUAUGAAGCCCCAAAGACGAGAGGCAUAUAUAGAACAAUAGAAAGUGGCAGUGCUCUCACAACUGAUGUCAUACUACAGAGGAUCUAUGAACACAGGCAGGGAAGCUACUGUACUGUUGAGCAAACGCACAAUUACAAAAAUAAUGCUCUUCCAGAUCCUAGGUGUGUGUGUUUGGGUCAUACUUUCUAAAGAUAGAACUUUUCCACAAUACUCUAGUCAAAUAACAUUACACCAGACGUUUCAACUGCAGCAUUCAGCAGUCCUCAUCAGUGGUUGAGUAUUAGUUCUAGCACACCUGACAUUUUUGCUAUUGCCUAAUGCUACAAAAUACUGUUGACCCACAGAUUGGAGUACAUAAGACGGAACUCUGCCAAGGAAGCAAAAGAGGAAAGAGUUCUCGAAUCCCUGAAGAAGAGGAGGGACUCGGCCAGAGUUGCAAAUGUUUAGAAUGGAAUAAGCAAGCCAGUGCCCCCAAAAUACAUUGCAGCAAAUCAAUGAUCCAUAGCUACAUGAUACUUUGGCUCAGGUGAAUACACGUGCAAACCCUUGGCGAACUGCGCUUGCGCGGUAUUAUAAUAUUAUACCGUAACCCUCGCUGCGCAUGCACACCAAGGGUUAAAUAAUACACAGAGUCACAAGUACGUCCUAUAAUUCAACAGCCCCAGAAUGGAGGAGAGAGAGAGUAUCAGUGUAUUCGAGGCGGUGGGGCUCCAAGAUUUGGCGGCAUUCGCGGUGGUGGUGGCAUUCCGGGAGGAGGCCCCAUUCCCGGGUGAAUCAUCGGCCUGGGGGGACCCAUCGGGGGUGGGGGGCCCAUACCAGGUCUAAUCAUAGGGGGUCCUGUCAUUGGGGGUCGUCCAGGAGGCGGUGGUCCUGCAGGUCUCAUGAGGGGAGCAGGUGGAGGUUGUUGGUGCAGGGGAGGAAGUGGCAUGGCUGGAGCUACCAGCUGAGCUGUGGGCUUGGCCUUCCGGUACUUUGGCAGACGGCUACGCACCUCCUCCUAGAGAUGUCGUCCUCAGGGUGUACGAGUUUGCUGUUGGCUCCGACCGGAGGGACCUUGACCACAGGUCUAAGAGGGACGUCAGGGAGGGUGGCCAGAGGAGGCGGCGCUACUGCCACAGACGACGAGGAUGCCGGAGGAGUGUUCUGGUAUGCCGGGAAUGUGGGUCUCGGGACACCAGACCCAGGCUGAGAGCUGUGAGGUGGCUGUGUGGACUGAGAGAGAGAGAGAGAGAGAGGGGGGAUUGGAAGAGAUGAGAGGGAGACAAAAACAUGCAGCAUGUUAUGUGUAUACCAUGUGGGCCGGUUACUUACAGUUAGACUGACAGAAUAUACCAAAAUCUUGGUGUACAUAUCCCAC